UGGACAGACACUGGAUACGAGCUUCAGAUUUUGCCGUGCGUCCCUCAUUUGGAAUUGCGUUCAAAAGUGUUCUAGCACUUAUUUUUUGGGCUUCGUUUCCUCCGAAGUUAGCGGCAUUUAAACUCCAAUUUCUACCUGGGAAGAAAAGAGGGGAUUAAGCGCAGAUUAAGAAACUCUCAUCACUUUCCUGGCAUCUCCUGCGCGCCCGUCGGCUCUCCAGCUCUCUUCAUUUGGCACUCCAGCUGUCCAAAGUCCUUCAGUCGUUUUGGUGGGACGCGGGCUGGACUGAUGUACAGAGAAUUUUGUCUUCCAAAAAUGUUUUUGGAUCAUAAGGAACAGAUGAUCCAGAUAUAGGAGGACUCUAUUAAAAGCACACCCAGGUUGCCAAAAGUGUUUUUGGUUUCCUGAAAAGAACUUUUUGAUGUGGACAGUGGAAAUAAGAUAAAAGCAGGAGCUCAUAAAAUGACUGUGCCCAGAAAAGAUCUCUGAUGAACUUUUGUCAGUUACAGUCAUGGCACUAAGUGAGACAUCCACAUGAAGUGAAACCCUGUGCUUUGUAGGGGGGGCUUGAAAGAACAUUUUUCUUUGAAAAACAACAACAACAACAACAAAAAAACCCAGUAAAUUAUCUCUUCAUCAAACAAAACAAACAGUGCCCUCACUCCCUCCUCAAUGAGCUGAAUUUGGCACCAGCUCUCAUUUCAGCAUAAGCUUCAUUUUCACAACAACCCCUCUCAGUGCCAGUCAUGGUUUCUAUCUGAUGCUGCAAAUUGAUUUGAACUGGAGGACUACGGGAGAGGUCAAAAAAGGUGAACCGGACUUCAUUAGAUAAAUUAUGGUUUUUGUAGUGUGUCACCACAAAUCUGAGAAUCCAGAUUUUUGCGUUUAUUUCUUUAAACACUGUGGUGUGUAAAAUUUUAUGUUUUUUUUUCUUUUUUUUAACCAUAUAGGCUUUUAAAUAUCUUGCUCCUAGCCCUCUGGAAAUCUUUAUCAUUUCUCCAGCAUCUGUUUUUUUUUUUCCCUUUCUGACCGUCUGCCAUUUUGCGUUCUCUCUCAUACUUGGCCAACUGAUAUACUGUUUGUCCCCUACUCCUCUUCCCAUCCCUCUUCACCUUUUCAUACCAACCUGGUUCUCUGAGAGGUUUCAUCCUGGCCGGCACUAUUCCAGCCAAGGGGGAAGAGGACUUCCUGACGCUGGCCGCCUCACGGCUCAGCCGCAGGAAACGUGUCAUUGGCGCUGCUGUAGGUGUGGCAAUGGUUCUUAUACUGUUGGUGGCCAUUCCCCUGCUGGUCCACACAACCAAAGGAGGGAACACCGGAAAUACUGGGAGCCGUUAUGAAAUGCUUGGAAGCUGUCGGAUGGUAUGUGACCCCUACACCACUUCUCAGCCAGGCCAGGAGCUGACAGCUGUGUCUCCACCGCCCCAGGAUUAUUCUGGGAAGAAGAUAAAGUCUGGGCUUCGUGGGCCGCCAGGGAUCCCUGGCCCCCCAGGUGCACGUGGACCCCCUGGAGAGCCAGGCAAACCAGGGCCACAAGGGCCCCCAGGUCCAGGUCCUGGUGGCUAUUCACCCUCACACUACACUCCCAAAAUUGCCUUUUAUGCAGGGCUACGCAAGCAGCAUGAAGGGAGUGAAAUACUGAAGUUUGAUGACGUGGUGACCAAUGUCGGUAACUACUAUGAGCCCAGCACUGGCAAGUUCACCUGCCCUCUGCCUGGCAUUUACUUCUUCACCUACCAUGUUCUAAUGAGAGGUGGUGACGGAACAAGCAUGUGGGCAGACCUGAGGAAGAACGGACUGGUAAGAGCCAGCGCCAUCGCUCAGGACGCUGAUCAGAAUUACGACUACGCCUCCAACAGUGUGAUCCUGCAUUUGGACGUGGGCGAUGAGGUGUGCGUGCAGCUGGACGGAGGGAAGGUCCACGGAGGGAACACAAACAAGUACAGCACCUUCUCGGGCUUCCUCAUCUACCCAGACUGAAUCUAAUCCUUACUCACAGAGGAGAGGAGCGGUUAGAAAAACACCAACAUGCACAAAGACAUAUUCACAUUUACACAGACAUGUAUGUAUGCAAAUGAAUACAAUGAUACACAGACAUGAAUACACAAACACACACACAUAUAUACAGACAUCCUGAGAUUACAACAGACUAUAGAAGUGUGGAGCGAGUGAAAAUCAGAGAUAAGUGGUAUUAAGUUGAAUUGUGUGAUAUUGAGCCAAUUAUCAUGAGCAACUGCAUUUAUUGGCGCCUAUUGUGUGCAAACAUGAAUUUCAGAAUAUGUACAGUUUAAGUGCACCUAAGAAUUGCACGUUGUGGCUCUGAAAUAUUUAAAAUAUUAUAAUGUGUUCCAUAUUAACUGACAUCGUGAUAACUAGAAUAUAACAAACACCAUCAGUGUGAUUGUUUUAAAUGCAAUAAUGGUGUUGAGGGUGCCAUUAAUUGAGAUGACUAAGCUGACAAAUGCACAUUCAGUGUAUUUACCUAAACAGUAUUUCACUUAGACAUCUCCUCUCUCCAUUUUACUGACCUCUGAUCGAGUGGCCAGCCUAUAUCUUGCAACUCAUCUUUGUAAAAUAUUUUUUUCCCCUGUGCUUCAAAGGGAAUUUCACCAGUUGAAAUGAACCAAAUCCAUGUUGUGAUUCAGCCUACAUUGGGACAGUGCUGAUUAAAAUAAGGCCAUCUGAAUAAACACAGAUGUUUGACCUGUUUGAUUCCUGUUCCCAUCAUGACAUGGGAUGUCACAUGGUAAGAUAAAACAAAACAUAUUAAUAUGACAAGUCAACAAGAUAUGACAAGACAUGUUUUAACGAUGGCACUUGUGUGUGAUGGAGUUUUAAUUGCCAAGUGCAUUAUUGACAAUAUUGUGUGUGUGGGUGGGUAUGUCAAUAGGUAUGAGUGGACAGAUAUUGUGAGAUAUGGGGGCAGUGAAAAAGUGACAGCUGCAGUGUUUUACUCACAUUAAAUGUUGUACAAUACAUUACAGACAAGUUGCUGUAAUUACACUGCCAUACCUACUUAGUACUUUAUUUUUGAAAGACCCUGUCAAAGUAUCAUCAUAUGUACAAACAUAGUAAUCUUGGGAUGGGCUAUCUGGUAUGUUGAAUAGGUUGAGUAGACAAUAUUGCUAUUAAAAUAUCUAUAACUAUCUUGUGUUCCUGUGUUUUUACAUGUUGUUUUGGCAUGGAGAAGCUCAGGGCUGAAUAAAGGCAUGUACAUUCAACUAGUAAUAAACACACAUAGACCCCUUGUUCAGUUUUAUUUGGAGUGACCACUUGGGCUGACUGUGGAGAAUUGUAUAUAUGACAUUGCUGCGUGGACUCACAGCUGAGAUCGAAACAACAGUGGCUGACCACAGCCACUGCCUGCUACAAGAUGGAUUUCCAAUAUGUCUUAAGACACUGUCUAAGACACAAACAUUAAUACAGCUAUAUUGAUUUCAUCAUAUAAUUCACCCAGGAUCUACAAAAAUCCAGCAGAUGUAUACAUUUUAAAUGUAACAAUACAGGAAUCAAUGGUAGAAACAAACCAAAUUGGUUCAGCGUUCGAUCAGGCUUUCUAUUGUUUAUUGAAGUUUUGGACCAAGAUCAUUUGUUGGAAAUGCACACCAAUGACAAGAAAUACAAGGGAAUUGGUUUCGGAGUAUUAUGAUAUAUUUCUCUCAAUAUUCCUAUAGUGAUGCGUACAGUAUGUUUACAAUUCUAUGGUAAAUAGCCAAAUCUCCAAUUUAACCACUUCCAAAACAGUUAUUUUCAUUAUCAAUUAAUCUACUGAUUAUAUUCUUAAUUGUAAUUCACAAGUGGUUGGGUCUAUGAAAUGUCAGAAAAAAGUAAAACAUAUUCCAUCACAAAUUCUUAGAGCACAAGGUAAUGUCCUCAGAUGGUCACAAUUUAAAAGCUGCCAUGAGUAGAUUUUGGCAUUUUUGCAAGAAAAAGGAGCUACGUGGAUUAAAAAAAAAAUCUUUUGACUGUUCUGUUACUUUGCCUAUGUGCUAAUAAUCCGAAUAAUCUGAUAUGGUGUUUCUUUUUAAUUGCUUAAUGUUAGAAUUCAAGAUUGUUUGCUAUUUAACUAGUUCACUAUUAUGUAGAGUCUUUGUUUAAAGGAAAUACCUAUGUGAUAUUAAGGACCUCUAGUUUUAUGAAUGAUGUAUAAAUUAGUCUUUAUGUUACACCUGACAUUAAAUUAUAAACACUACAAAUUUUAAAAGGUGUGUAAUUUCAUAUGAUAUAUAAUCAAAACACAAUAAUACCUCAAUAUGCUUGCAAAAAUCAUUAACUGUGUGAUAAAACACUACAAUCUGUUGAGUAUUUCCUGAAUACGUUGUUUCCUGCACAGUUAAUUUCACCAUUUUGUUCAAGGGGCCUUAAAAAAUCCUAAUUCAGGUAGAGAGAGAUAUCGUCCUCAUGUUAGGGAGAAUGCAUCUCAAACACCUCUUACAUUAUUGGCGAAAAGGAAAACAUCUAAUUAGAGUAGAGAGCCGAUGGCAUACUAGACUUAAAGGAUUUGGUGAAUCUGUUGCUCCUGAGCUGAGAAAGUGGGAUGUAGCCAUGCCAUGGCUGGGCCCAGCCCCCGGCUCUCUCUCCUGGCAGAUUCCAGUUGAAAGUUAAUUGGACGGGGAGAGGUCUGAGACAGGCUGUGCUGAGGCCCAUUAGUGAUUCCCCUGUCGAAUGCAGAGCCAUGAGGAUCACAGACUCACAAAUAGGAGGAUUAAAAUAAUCAAUAGCCUUGACUUCCAUCGACCACACACACACACACACACACAGAGUAAUUAGCGGACAACCUAUUCAGCAGUGGACUAUGACACCCUCCUGAACCUUACCCCACACACAUAAGCUCAACACUCUGAUCGCCGUGGUGCCUAAUGAGGGGAAAUAGUUGUGGCUGCUUGUAAGGAAAAUGAAGAUAAAGGUCAGAAAGCCACCUUCUACAGCUCAUAUCCUGGUACUAUACCACAUAAUGUCCCUGAAAAUUUAUGGCAUGGUCACAAAAACUAUAAAAUCCCUUAUUUUUUUUAGGCUGAAAUUUCAUAUCAUAUGAUUUGCAGCCAACAGGAGAAAACCUAAAUUGUGUCAGUAGUAAUAAUCAAAAUUUACUUGAGCAUCAAAGCCUACAUUCAUGGUGUUCUUUACAUUCUUAACUUGGCUAAUGGAAGCACAUAGAGCAAGAUGUUCCUCUUGUAAUUUACACUAUAUAUUUUGGCCUUUUUAACAUAGAAGAUUCCAGGAGCAACACUGCCCUCUUGUGUCACUGGAUAGACAGCACAAACACAUCGAUGCACUGUGCAAAAUAACACAAAGCAGAAACAAACUUUUUCCUCAUGCCAUUGAAUCAAACAAAUCCACUCAAAACAACCAAGAUGGGUUUUCAGGAAAAAAAACAUUUAUUCAAUUGCAGCAACAUAAUUUGGGUGAAUUAAAAACACAGGGAACCCAUCUGAAAUGUUUCUUUCUACCUCAUGAUAGUAUGGCUUGAAUAUAGUGGUUUACUGCAGGA